UCCACCUCAAAUUAUACGGAGGAUUUUACUCACCCAACGCAACCACUCACUCACUGAGCUCCACACAAAGAAUCAAAAUCAAAGCCAACAUGAAACCCAAUUCAAUUCUGUAUUUGUUGCUCCAUUUGCUGGUGCUUAGUUUCUGUUUAGCGGCGGAUCAUGGCCCUUCCAGCAUCGUCUUCACCACCAACGGCAGAUUAGAUUACUAUUUCGACAUCUUCACCCUCCCGAUCGGUCACCCACCGCACCCAACCACCGAGACCCGAAUCACAGAUGCCCAGUCCGUCAACUUCAACGGCCACUUCCCCUCCUCCACUUUCUUUCCCAACCAAACCCGAAUCCGAUCCCCCACCCGACCCGACCCCUCUCUCCAGAUCAUCUACGUCACCGAGAGAAACGGCUUUUCCAACAUCUACUACGACGCCGUUUACUUCGAUUCUCCGUCGAGCAUCAGGAAAAGGUCCGCCCUUGAAGUCGUGGACCGGGUUCAGGUCCCUCUGCUGGGAUUGGACGGGGUUUCGAUGAAAGACAAGCCCAGUUUGACAGGGGAGUAUUUGGUAUACGUGUCCACUCACGAGGACUCCGGCGUGCCCAGGACGAGUUCCGCUGCGGUUUACUCGACCGAGUUGAACUCCGGUUUGACCCGGAGGCUGACUCCUUACGGCGUCGCGGACUUCAGCCCCGCGGUGUCGCCGUCUGGGGUUUGGACGGCGGCGGCGUCGUAUGGGCCGAAAGGUUGGGACGGCGACGUCGAGGAGCUCAGUACAGACAUCUACGUGUUCUUGACUCGGGACGGGACUCGCCGAGUCAAGGUGGUUGAACACGGCGGCUGGCCGAGUUGGGUUGACGAGUCAACGAUUUACUUUCACAGAAGAGGAGAAGACCAGUGGUGGAGUAUUUAUCGGGCGAUUUUACCGAGAGGGGGGCCGAUUUCUACCGAGUCAGUGGUGGUGGAGCGAGUUACGCCGCCGGGUCUCCACGCGUUCACACCGGCCACGUCACCGGGGAACCACGACUUCAUCGCCGUGGCUACCAGAAGACCCACGACGAGCUUCCGCCACGUGGAGCUGUUCGACUUGGUGAAGGGCGAGUUCAAGGAGCUGACUCGGCUCGUCGCGCCGCGUACCCACCACUACAACCCGUUCAUCUCCCCCGAUUCGAGUCGGGUCGGGUACCACAAGUGCAGAGGCAACGCGAACGGGAAGAAAAGCCCGAAGCUUUUUCUUCAGAAUAUCCACAGCUCAAUUCCGAACCUGUCCGUGCUCAGAAUCGACGGUACGUUCCCUUCGUUUUCACCCGCAGGUGACCGUAUCGCCUUCGCGAACUUACCGGGUAUCUACGUGGUGAACCGCGACGGUUCGAACCGGCGACAGGUCUACCCUGGAAAAGCUUUCUCGACCACCUGGGACCCGGUUCGCAAGGGCGUCAUAUACACCGGUGCCGGACCGGAAUUUGCACCGGAGAGCGCUGAGGUUGAUAUCAUCUCCAUCGACGUUGACCAAAUCGCUUUCAAGAAGUUGACCACAAACGGGAAGAACAACGCCUUCCCUUCACCCUCGCCCGACGGAAAACGGAUCGUCUUCCGGUCGGGUCUGUCGGGUCACAAAAACCUGUACAUAAUGGACGCCGAGGAAGGUGAGACACUUGGGCUCCAGAGACUGACGGAGGGUCCAUGGACGGACACGAUGUGUAACUGGUCGCCGGACGGCGACUGGAUCGCGUUCGCGUCGGACCGGGAGAACCCGGGUAGCGGGAGCUUCGAGUUGUACGUGAUCCACCCGAAUGGAACCGGGUUGAGGAAAGUGAUCCAAAGCGGGUCGGGUGGACGGACUAACCACCCGUGGUUCAGCCCGGAUGGGAAGAGCUUGGUUUUCACUUCGGAUUAUGGGGGCAUAUCAGCUGAGCCCAUCUCAAAUCCGCAUCAUUACCAGCCGUACGGUGAGAUUUUUACUGUGAAAUUGGACGGCUCUGAUGUUACGAGGUUGACACAGAAUUCGUUUGAGGAUGGAACACCGGUGUGGGUCCCCAGCUUCAUCAGGCCGUCGGAUGUAGAGUGGCCUAUUGAUAGGCCUAGCUGCAGCUUUGAUGAUUUGCACUGCCUCAGUGAUUUUCCUAGCCAUGGUGGUGUUGGGGCUGUUCCUUGGCUCUUAAGCAAGCCUCAAUGUGGUGCAUAGUUCUCUAUACUAGUUUAAUCUAUUUUGUGUACUACUGCAAUGUACAUAUAUAAUGUUAUGUCAUGGAUGUACAUAUAUAAGUGUGGGGAUAAAUGCUAUAUGCCAUCGAUUUCUAGCAUCUUAGGUGCAAUCUCUUAGUUCUUCUUUCUUGUGUAGGGUUAAAAUACAAACCUCUAUAUGGCUCUUAGACAUAGGGCCUCUGUACUGCAAGUGAAGGUAAAUAAGCCAUUGCAAAUUUCCAGGCA